GGAGCUAGAUCAAUAGCCGGCUCCUCGAGUUUAGCCUUGGUUUCUUUUUCGAAUCGUUUGUAGAUAUCUUUUAAACUUUUGUGCCAGCAUUCUUCUUCGCUCCUUCGGGUAUUAAGGCACGGUCGAUCUACCUGUCGCCCAUCGAGACCCUGCUGUCUAUCCGCUCUCUGUACUCCGUACUUCCUACACUUCGCGCCGCUUCUCCGGAAGAAAACAAUUCCUGCGGCGAUACCUCGGCUACGACUUUCGCCCGCCGUUCCUCAACGCCUGCCCGACACUCCAUGCCCAUCCUCCCCACUCCAACUGUAUAUACACAACGUCUGUACAAAUGAGACGACCUCCAGCGAAGCUCUGCGCCGACUGCGUGCCAUGCGCGGUGCGGCGAACUCAUGGCGCGCGGGUUGCGCCGUUGACCCGAAACGUCACGGAGAAUUCUCUCGGUAUGCGACCGAUGGCAUACUCGACUCUGACGAGGCUGCCUAGAAGAACUGAGUUGAAAUCGUCCAUGCCUGCGAAUUUGAUCGCGGUGCCGGUGAACACGGUUCUGCAGAAGCGGGGUCUGGCUACCACCGCUGAGGGGGUUUUGCAGGAAGAGGCUGUCUCGGAGACGAAACCGUCAGGUCCACCGCUGGAUGGACCGAUGAGAGAGUACGAUGUGCGAGUGGAGGAGGGUCGACUACGAGAUGAUCCAUAUCAGCGAGGAAUCAUUCAGAACCUCCAAGAUCUCUUCGAAGCCCUAAAACACUACAAUGCACCCGCCGUCAUUCACCCCAGCGUCGAAUCACUAGAUCCACAACCCAAAAAGUCCUUCUUCGGCUCGUUAUUCGGCUCCGGCGCCAACAAGCCUGCCGCUUCUACGGCGCCCGAGGGUCUGCCCAAGGGUCUGUAUAUGUAUGGUGAUGUGGGCUGCGGCAAGACCAUGCUGAUGGACUUGUUCUACGAUACGUUGCCGCCGAAUAUCAAGACCAAGACUCGUAUUCAUUUCCAUAAUUUCAUGCAAGAUGUACAUAAGCGCAUGCAUGUGGUGAAGAUGAAGUUUGGCAAUGACUUUGAUGCGUUGCCGCUCGUUGCGGCCGAUAUAGCGGAGACGGCGAGUGUCUUGUGCUUUGACGAGUUUCAGUGUACGGAUGUUGCGGAUGCAAUGAUUCUGCGCAGACUACUCCAAUUCCUCCAAUCCCACGGCGUCGUUCUCGUCACGACGUCCAACCGUCACCCGGACGAUCUAUACAAAAAUGGCAUCCAGCGUGAAUCCUUCAUUCCUUGCAUCACACUUCUCAAAACCGCUCUGAACGUUAUCAACCUCAAUUCUCCAACCGACUAUCGGAAGAUCCCCCGUCCUCCAGCUGCGGUCUACCACCACCCGUUGGGCGCAGACGCCGAACAGCAUGCCCGCAAGUGGUUCGAUUUCCUGGGCGAUCCGAUCAAUGACCCGCCCCAUGAGGAUACCCAAGUUGUCUGGGGCCGCAAGAUCCGGGUCCCAAAGGCCAGCGGCAAGGCAGCGCUAUUCACAUUUGACCAAUUGAUCGGAACGGCCACCGGCGCAGCAGAUUACCUCGAGCUAGUCCGACAUUACGAUGCGUUCAUCGUUACCGACGUGCCGGGGAUGAAUCUGAACCAGCGCGAUCUGGCAAGGCGCUUCAUCACCUUCAUCGACGCCGUCUACGAAAGCAGGGCAAAACUAGUCCUCACAACCGAAGUCCCCCUAACAAACCUCUUCCUCUCCCAAUCCGACGUUAGAGACUCCCUCAAAGGCGAAGGCGACCACUCCGAUCUCUCCGACGCCAUGCGUAACCUCAUGGACGACCUGGGCAUGUCCGUGCAAGCGUUGAAAAACACGUCGAUCUUCAGCGGCGACGAGGAGCGGUUCGCGUUUGCGCGGGCGUUGUCGAGACUGUCGGAGAUGGGGAGUCGGGAGUGGGUUGAGAGGGGGUUGGCGGUUGGAAAGAGUGAUGUUGAGGGGCAGCAGGAGAGGGAAGCUUGGUUGAAGACUAGGAGCCAUUGGAGUGAGGAUAAUAUGUAGGGUUGCUUGGUGGUGGGAAUGUUUGGGUGUACCUUCCGUUGGGAGAAGGUUUAGUGGAGUUUGCCUCUUAUCAUCGUGGGGCGGAGGCUUCAUGUCCUGUGUAGAUACAUAUUUUUUAUACUUUUCAGAAGAGAAGGGUUAUUUUUAUAGAAAGGUUCCUGGUGAAGGUCCCUCUGAAUGGGUAUUUACAUUUUGAAGUUGGAGUAGGUUGCAUUGAUGUCUCAACUAUGGGUCAUCAAAUGCUCUACAGUGAGCUACGCGAUAGUACUAUCUAUAGAAUGCAUAU